GAAGGAAAAGAAGGAAAUGGUGAUGAUGCCGGAGUUAUGGAAGAGCUUAGGCUCAACAAUGGCAGCCAUAAUGUUCGCCUGGGCCAUGUUCCAGCAAUAUUUGCCCCAACAACUCCGACGCUACUUUACUAAAUACAGCCAUCAAAUCGUAACCUUCUUCUACCCAUACAUCCAAAUCACCUUCCACGAAUACGCCACCGACCGCUUCAAGCGCAGCGAGAUCUACUCCACCAUCGAAUCCUACCUCAUCUCCAACUCAUCCAAGCGCGCAAAGCGUCUCAAGGCCGACGCCGGCAGGAACACCCGUAACCUCGUACUCAGCAUGGACGAUUACGAACAGGUCACCGACGAAUUCCAAGGCGUCAAGCUCUGGUGGUCUUCCAACAAGACCGUCUCCCGAACUCCUUCAUUCUCUUUCUACCCUACCUCCGCCGAUAAGCGCUACUACAAACUCACCUUCCACAAGCGUUACAGGGACCUUGUCACCGCCUCCUAUCUCAACCAUGUCCUUGAACAAGGCAAAGCCGUCGGAGUUAAAAACCGGCAGCGGAAGCUCCACACCAACAACAAGAGCGAUAACUGGCACGGUUACAAUAAAUCGGUGUGGAGUCAUGUGGUGUUCGAACACCCUUCCACGUUUCAGACUCUGGCGAUGGAUCCCGAGAAGAAGAAGGAUAUUAUGGAAGACCUCAUUAACUUCAGUAAGAGCAAAGACUAUUACAAGAAGAUUGGCAAGGCUUGGAAGCGAGGCUACUUGCUGUACGGCCCUCCUGGAACGGGUAAAUCUUCUAUGAUUGCCGCCAUGGCAAAUCUCUUGGAUUACGACAUUUAUGAUCUUGAAUUGACUGCCGUGAAGAACAAUACCGAGCUUCGGAAGCUGCUGAUCGAGACUAAUAGCAAGUCGAUUAUAGUGAUUGAAGACAUUGAUUGCUCUCUUGAUCUAACUGGCCAAAGGAAGAACAAAGAGGAGAAAGAGAAAAAGGAAGGAGAAGGGAGCCCAGAAGCUGUUAAAGAGGAAGAGGGGAAGAGUAAAGAUAAGGAGAGUAAAGUGACUCUAUCUGGGCUUUUAAACUUCAUUGAUGGGCUCUGGUCGGCUUGCGGAGGAGAGAGGCUUAUCGUGUUCACCACAAACUAUGUGGAUCAACUUGACCCUGCUCUCAUAAGGAGGGGUCGGAUGGACAAGCACAUUGAGAUGUCGUACUGCAACUAUGAAGGCUUCAAGGUGCUUGCCAAGAACUACCUGGACCUGGAUUCUCACCCUCUGUUCGAGACCAUUCAUGGGUUGUUGGACGAAACCCAGAUUACUCCGGCCGAUGUCGCAGAGAAUUUGAUGCCUAAAUCCUUAGUGGGGAAUGCCAAGAUGGACUGUUUAGAGGCACUGAUCCGUGCUCUUCAAGUGACUAAGGAAGAAGCGAGAGUCAAGGCUGAGGAAGAAUCGUUGACUGAAGGCAAGGAGACCGAGUCGACCCAAUUGGAUAAUAAGGAUACGGUUUGA